GUUCCAAAACUGUCACCGGCGACCUUUUACCCUACUUGGUGUCCGUUCAGUUAGAAAAUCUCGUCUGCUCAGGAUUCAACAUUUCUAUUUUUCUCAAGACUUGGGGCAUUUCGUGUCGUUUGGCAUUAUCUUGGACCUACCCAGUCUUUAUCUUGCAGUGUAUUGAAAAGAGAUUGUCCUCCCGGCAAUUGUGCGCCGGGAAUUUGCAUGAAAAUGCUCUCCUUUUUCACUUGAGGCGACUGGCAAGAACACAAAAGGCCGAGAUGAGAGACCAAACUUUGGCAGUUUUCUUUGACAUUUCUGCCGCAGCUCGCAAAGUGCACGCAUUUGAAUAAAUCACCUCGGAAUAACACUUUUUGGAUUGUAACUUGUGGAAAUCCGCUGCCCCCUGCCAAGCAGCAAUAGCAGGCCAAGAACAGUCCGAACGCAACUCCAGCAGUGUGGAUUACACUUUACUGGCCUCGCCGUAAACAUCUCUUAGUUGAUUCAUUUCCGCACGGCGCUCGCUCCAUGCAGUCGCGUCUCAAACUGCUCUCAGUGGAUUCUAAUACUGGCGGACUUUUCUUUAGGAUGUAGUCAUCUCGGAUGGAUUUAUACGUUUGUUUGUGACUGUGUUACGUCAGAAUGAAGUGUGACAGUCUAGGCCGGCAGCUACAGGGCCUAUGGCUCAGUCUUCUCCUAAUGGUGUGCUACUACAGUCCUGACUUAUGCUGGGCAUAUUCACCGCCCCGAAUCUCCCAGAAAAUCCAGCCCUCGAUAAUCGGCAUCCUUGGUGAAACAAUCAAAAUCCCAUGUCCAGUGGAAGCCGACCCAAAACCUUACAUUGAGUGGUCCAAGGAUAAACUAGAAAUCCACGAAGGCUGGGAACGAUUUGAAAAGUUGAAGAUGGCACUAAAGAUCACCGACCUCGAGAUGGAGGAUGCUGGGAAUUAUAUAUGUGUCGCUGCUAACGGGUUCGGCAGUAAAACCAUUAAUUACACGUUGAUUAUCUUAGAAAAUCUCAAUGAUACUGCUACCCUACUGGAACACGAUCUUGGUGAUAAGUCAGGAGUUCCCCCACAAUUCAGUCAUCCCACAAAGAUGCGAAAACACAUAGACACACCAGAGGGAAGCUCAGUCAAGUUAAAAUGCAAAGCGCGAGGCAAACCGCGGCCGGAGGUCAUGUGGUACAAAGACGGCCAUGUUCUACAGGGUGAAAUCAGUCGUGGCUUAGCAACUGUCACAAAAUGGACAAUUCUGUUACGCAGCCUGCGACGGGCAGACAGCGGGAGAUAUACGUGUAAAGUGUUCAACCGGGCUGGGUCCAUCAACUUCACUUACACUCUCAAUGUAAUAGACAAGUUAAAAAUGAAGCCAACGCUUCUCGCGCCUCAUCCUGUCAACACGACUGUGAAACAUGGUGACACAGCCUCGUUUCAAUGUAUGAUGAAGAGUGAAGUCACACCACAUAUUCAGUGGUUGAAACGUGUCGAUAACGCGUACAUUCUCAAGCAGAUGAUGAAUCGCACCAUUGAAGUGAGCGGCCAGAAAUUUAUGGUGUUAAAAACUGGUGAGGUGUUAGCGAAGAAGGAUGGAUCUUAUUUGAAUAAACUUGUGAUCCCCAACGCGAGUGAGGACGACUCAGGUCUCUAUGUGUGUUUGGGGACGAAUCUGAUGGGAUUCAAUUACAGGGAGGCUUAUCUCACGGUGUUGCCAGAUCCCAACAUCCACAUGAUGGACCUCUCCAACUACAACCAAGGUCUGACGGAGAAGUCUGGCUCACACAUUAGCGACCCAACGCAUCUCACGUUAAUCAUCAGCUUGCCGAUCGCGGCCGCUGUUAUUCUCAUUGCCAUAAUUAUUGUUAUUCGUCAGAAGUGCUCAACGAACACGCCCACAAUAAACCAUCAGCGAUACGCUGUUCCGCCAAUGCAAGAUAAAGACCAUUUUAGGACGAUACCAAACCAUCAGUCGGGUUUGACUAGUCGAGAUCAAAUAGUGAAAAGUUACAAUCCUGAUUUACACUCUCAUUCAGAUAUCUCUCAGUUACCGCGGAUGUACACUCAGCCACAGCAGCAUACCAUGUACGGAGAGUGCUAAAAACAUAGCAUGGAGUGUUGAAGACAUCAACACAAAAACUUAUUUUGGCUGAGGGAGAUGAUUUCAUUGGUUCCCAUAUUGGGCAGAACUGCUGUGCUAUAAACAUGGAAGCAUUGUUAGCUGGAUCAUGGAAAAUUCAAGAUUUAUUGCAAUAUCAGUCAGGAGUCAUCACAACUUUAUUAAUGGCAGCACUUCCAGUGGUAUUCCAUUGAUGGAAGUUGACAGAGUUGGGUUGACUCAUGACUGGGAUAACAGCCGGACUGCUGUGGGGGAAUAAUGAGGAAGUAUUCCUCAAUUAACAACAUCCUAAUGGAUCACAAUUGAAAUGUACUGCAGUGUCUAAUGGAUCACAAUUGAAAUGUAUUGCAGUGUCUAAUGGAUCACAAUUGAAAUGUACUGCAGUGCCUAAUGGAUCACAAUUGAAAUGUACUGCAGUGUCUAAUGGAUCACAAUUGAAAUGUAUAUAUUUUAGACUUGCAUGCCACUGUUUCUGUUUAAGGAUUUUAACUUAUUGUCUUCAACGGUGGGUCACAAAGAAAUAGCACAAAAGUCAAAAGAGAUUUACUAUUUAAUAUUGAAAGGUAAAAUCACUUUUUAGACUGUAUUAAAUAGUUAAGCCGGAUAAAGUGAUCGGGACUCACAAACUUGUAACCAUAAUGUUAGCAUGGCUCAUUUGCCUUCAGGAGACCAGCUACCUCAAUCAUACAUGGCUUAAACAUUUCACAGGGUAGACUUGAGAAUCAUGUUUUGGUGUGGGUCUUGAUCUUAAAAGUUAAACAUUGGCCUGUUAGGUGCAAAUAGAUUGAAGUAAGUGAUUAAUGGAACUUGAAUGAAGACUCACACCAAAUAAGAGAUUCUGUGGUCAUAUAACAGGGUAUUCUCCUAGAUCCAAGGAAUGGGUUCUGCUGUAAGCUGUAAGGGGACACAAGUGCAGCUACCCAGAGCGCUGUGUAUUGUGGUGACCUUGGUAUUCUAGGUCAAGGUCAAACUUGUGAUUGUAAACAUUGAACAAACGAGAGCCCUACAUGACAAUACCGAGCAGUUUUAGGUUAAUAUAUUACAUGCUGGGCGGAUCUUGUCAAAUUGGGGAGGUUUUUUUGUUGACAUUUCCUUGAUAAUGAUGGGUUUUGUACCAUAUGUGGGAUGACAUGUAUUCGUAGCAAUAGCAAUGCAAGCCACCUGUAUCAAGCCUAACUUUGUAAUGCACCAGUUCUUGAAACAAUGUGAAGCUGCAUUGAUCAGAUUGCACGUCUUUGGUGCAUCUAAAACUGCUUUUUCUGUCCUACAGUGGUUGUCUUGCAAUGCUUUGGUACUUGUGAACUUGGGUGGAGUUAUUAGAACAUUAUUUUUAGACAGUCACUGUAGAAUGAACGUGGACGGGUAAAAACAACCUUGUUCCUAGGGUGUUGUUGUAUUCAUGUGUUGCAUGUAUGUGAAUCACUGUGCAUUCCUAGGCACGAGGUUGCUGUUGAAGUCCGAUGCUAUGUUUGGGUUUAAAAUGAGCAAUGUCAGAUGCACUGCACUUACAAUAAUGGAAAGAAAGCAAUGAUUAUGUAAAUAGGCUUAUGUAAAUAAGUGUAUACUGAACAUGUAUAUGUGGGUAUAUAGCUGUUGAGAUAAUUUAUUUAACUUUGGUAUACAAAUCUUGGACAAAAUGUCUGAAUGGACAGUUGUGUGUGUAGAACUUAAUAUCUGUUUUUUAAAAAGACCAACUCUGUGAGAAGUGUCUGUUCCAAAAUGGUGUGAAAUAACAUUUGCUUUAUAAUGAGACCAAAUCUCUCUCUCUUUGACGAUGACAGAGAAGGUGUGAAACUGAAGAGAAGCAGAUUUUUGAGACGGUCUUUAGAAAUCAUAGAGCUUCAUUCUUGUUUGCGAUUUCUUAAAGCUGCUCCAGAUAUCUUUUUGAAAUUGAGUCAGUUUACAGAAAAUUACAGUUUGAACUCAUUACAAAUCCAACCUGAUUUUAAUAAGUGUCAUUUGAUUUCGACUGGCGGUUUACAAGGCUCUGCGGAAAUUGUUCCAUUCCCUCUGUCGUUCUGUGGCAAAUUAUUGUGAAAAACAUAUGGCUUAUGGUUUCGGUGCUAGUUCUGCUUACACGUGGACAGUGGUGCCACCUUUAAUUGUAAUGGCUCCUGUUAGCGAAGUAUAUGUGCUAUUUAAUCAAAGUUACCAAUUGUUCAUCGACUUACAUGGUGUCCAGGAGCACAAUUUUGCGAGUUAAUCAGCAGAUGAUUUUGCUUUUCUGUCCGAUAAUGUGGAUGAUAUUGAUAAGAUUCCCCAAGUUAUUCAUUCAAAUGUAGGCUUAACACUAAGGUGAAUACCGUGAUAAAGGAGCUGAUAAUAUGUGGUUAAUUGGACCAUGCAUGGUGUAUUGUUGAUUACAUGGCUUAAUAGAUGGUGUAUUUUUGGUAAACAUUAUUGUACUUCUGAUCUCCCAUGAAUUGUUUGAAAAAUGGCUUAAUCCUGAUAAUGCCUUGCUGCCUUAUCUGCUUGAUUCAAUUGAGGUUGAGCGGGGAUGAUAGUGUGCUGGAUGAGCCUUACGGCUUCGGUAGAGAACUUGAGAUACAGCUCAUUGAUAUCUCAGUUGAAUCAGGCUAUCCGAAAGCCUCGCAAAGUUUUGUGUUUCUUUCCUUGAUUUCAAAUUGUUGUUGGCAGUUUUUAUACCCAGUCCUUCACAUACUGUAAAACCAGUCAGGAUGUGAAACCAAAUUUGUCUGAACGUUGACGCCCUUUUGGCCGUCAUGACAUACUUUCUGUGCUAUUUUAAGCAUGAGUGGGAGUGGUAUUUCUGUUUAUAAUCUUCGGACAGCUUCUGUUGUAAAGCUGUCACCUGGUAGUGAGGUUGCCGACAUCAAUUUGGAUCCCAAGUCCUGUGUAGUACUGGUAUAUGAGUACUUUUGAAACAGGGUAUAAAAUAUGACGGUGUAGAUUAUUGAUUUAAAUAUUGGCGAUGAAACGAUUCAAGUCAUAGUGAUGACGAACAGGGUAUAAUUAGUUAGAUGGUGUUGUACAGGGUAUCACGUGGCGCCCUCUGUGUUGUAUAGAUAAUCAGCGCCAGUUUUCCAAGAUUCAUAUUUUGUAGAUCAAGUACGCUUCAUAUCUUAUAGAAAGUUUUGGGGAAUAUCGUCAAUACAUGUAUUUAGAAAGGCUGCGAACUGCGUGUAACGGGUCUGGUUGUUUGAGUGAGUCUAAGAUAUGGGCCGUACUUGAUUUCUAGUGGUUGUAAUUCAUAUGGCUUAAGCUCCCUAACUGGUGUGGGAGUUACAUCGAGAGGUGGACUAUAUUUACAGGGUGUUGCCCAAGGAAACGCUGAAUGAAUACAAAGACUUAUCUGCAUAAUCUGCACAUCCAAAACGAAUAUUUCGCUUGAUUUUUAGAAUUUUCUACGGAUAUUGUGGCUUCAAAUAUGUCUGUAUGUUGAGGUUUUGAGGAAGUUAUCGAAGCAAGUUCCUGUUAAAUUCUUGUAAGUGGAUGUCUCGCUGACAAUUUGUAAAUGUUUGUAAGUGUGACUGGUGAGAGAAUAAAGGGAAUGUGUCCAUGUCACAUGUGUCCACCAUGGUUUCACUGUCUGGUUUUGGACAGUCACAUACAUCGCCUUAGAAUCACAAGCAAUAAGUGAAAGUCAUUGGACCAAGUCUUUGGGAGAAAUUUGACGAAAGCUCAUUCAGUGUCAAUAAGGAGUUUAAUAGUCUGAUAAACUGCUGGUGAUCAUUGUACUGUUAAUUCAUCCAGGAGCUGUCAUUUGUCAAUGUGCUCCUGCAAGCUAGAAGGACAGGCCGGCUCCUGACUGAUUUGACAGUAACUGGGCAACCCAGUUGUGAUUUUUUUCUGGAGAGGUACUGUAUGAGGAGCCAUCAAGGACAAAAUAGCAGUAUCCAUGACAAUAUCACACAAGGUCACCCUGGCCCAUGGUCAGUGUGGCCCACUGAUCAUCAGCUGAGGUGGCCAGUUGGAAAGUGUUCCUUUGGAGCCUGAAGUUAUCAAUAUGAAGUGCACACGGGUUUUUUCCACAAUUAGCUGUAUAUAUCUUGAAGAAUCUCAUUUCAGUCAGAAUCUCAGCACUUCUUUGUCUUAUUUAUCAAUUUCUGGCUCCAACUUGAGUUUCUAACUGGCCAUCUUACCUGCUCUCUCCACCAGUCCUCCUUUCAUGACCGGUAGUAAGGGAGAACCUACUAUGGUCCAUUUGUUGAAAUAUGCAUAGUUUGUAUUCGUGUCGAGAACUGUCUAUCUCCUGCCUGGCAGGAACUUUCUUAUUUCAAGUUUAUAAUGGCGCUGGCAUCUCCUGCCAGAACCAGCUUUGAAAGCAAAUUUCCUCUUUUAUAAACAUAAACUUGCUAUUUUAGGAGGUAUGGACCUGCUUCGUCCUUACAAAAGCAAUACUAUUUUAGAAUCGAAAGCACUUUUGAGCAAUAUAAAUGAAAUGUGCUAUGAUGAAAAGCAAUACGGUCUUGCUCUUUUCGAAAUCUAUCUUACUUCUAGCUGUGGUCAGCUUUGGUCAAUGUCAACCUUGAGAAACACCUCUUGAUGUAUGUAAUGUAUGUAUGGUGUUGUGUACAUACAUAGGAACAGCAUUUGGUCAUGGUCUUUUUAGUUCUGUUUUGGUUGUGUUUGAUACCGUCAGAUGGCUCUGUUCCUCCAUGGCGGUAUGAUUGACGUUUGCUUCUGAAUUUAACUUGCUUUUUGUAUUUUGAGUCAAGGAAACAUUGAGAUAUGGGAAACCCACUGGCCUUAACGAGUGCCUCUUGUAGAGACAGUGUCCACUUGGCUUCAGAGGCCCACUGGCCUUAAUGAGUGCCUCUUGUAGAGAAGGUGUCCAAUUGGCUUCAGAGGCUUUCUUUGUACCUCUGCCUCUGCCCACGCACACCACCUCCACUUGAGAUCACAGAAAUGUCCCAUCUUGCCGAAAUCAAGUAAUAUCAGAAGCAGAUGCCACUUAUUUUCAUUGUCGAUCUUUUCUUACAAUCAUGUUUUCAAAUUGAAAUAUAUCAAUUCCGGAAGGCAGGGUCAGUAUCUUCCAAUAAAUUUCUUUAAGAUGU